UAUUGAUUUUCUCAAUUUGUGACAGUUGACACUUGACAGUUAGUUUAGUUGUUACAAAUUGAAAUAAAAAUAAAAAUAACGAAAGGAGCGAAAAUGUUUUAUUAAUUUAAAAGAAGUAGAUAAGUCUGCGAUAGCACAAUGCGUUGGAGUGAAAAAACUACCCAGGACUUCGUAAGAAUGUAUUUAAAAAAUGAGUGUUUGUGGAAUACCAAUCAUGCCGAUUAUAAAUUAAAACAACGUAGGGAAAAAGCCUACGCCUCUCUGUCUGAAGAAUUCAAUGCAUACACAAAAAUUUAUUUAUCGACAACAGAAAUUAAGAUAAAAAUCAAGAAUCUAAGAUCUACAUACAUGCAGGAAGUAAAUAAAGUCUUACAGAAAUCGAGUCCAGAAUACAUUUAUAAACCUUCGCUGGUCUGGUUUGAUGAGAUGGAUCGAUGUUUAAAACAUACUUACGUGAAACGUAAUUCAAGCAUACAACAAGCUCAGGAAGUGGAUUCUUCAAGUCAGAUCUGGGUUAACCAAGUACAAGAAAAUCUGAAAGAGGAAAUAGACCCAGAUCCUUUAAUACCAGACACUGAUAAUUAUUGUGACUCUCCUAGACCAGAGGAUUCUAACAGAGAAGAAUCAGAAACAUCCAAUCCGCCUAAGAAAACCAAAAAGAAAAAAUACAAACAUACUAAAUCAAUUUCAGAAAGUCAAACUGACUGCACAAAAGAGGAUGAGUUUGAUAUUUUUGGUAAAUAUAUUGCAACACAACUAAGAACUAUUGACUUGCACAAAGCUCUAAGAUUGCAGCUAGAAAUACAUAGUUUAGUUAAUGAGGCAAGGGUAUCUGAUAUAAAUGACUAGUCAGAUAAUUUAGAAUUAACUGGAUUAAUAUUUAACAAUGGUAAAAUAAGCUAUGGGAUUAUAGCCUUUUUACUGAAAAUCUAGUUAGAUCUGUAAAGAAGAUAUCUCUUGUAGGCUGAAUGGUGAAAAGCACUCUGGAAUUAAAUUAUCUUAUUGCCAUGUAGUGCAAUUUUAAAAAUGAAUUUAAGAAAAUUAUUGUUUUCUGUUAUAAUUAAAAUUCUAUAUUUAAGAUAAAUGAUAAUCAAAAUCUCUUUAGUGUGAGGCAUCCCACAGUGGGGUUUGUUAUUUUAAGGACAAUUUUUAUAAUUACACAAAAUAUAACUACUGGCUAGAAUAUUUUUUAAUGUUACAUUUUUAGUACAUUUUAUCUUUUCUUCCCUGAUUUCUUAAAUACUAGAAGACCAUGCUUAUACUGAAAUGUUAUUUAUGAUUAACAAUAUGUGCCAAUUAGUACUUAAAUUGAAAUGUUCCGAAUAACUUGGAAGAAUGUAGCUUAAUUUAACUAUGAACUUAUUUGGCAGCUGUUCUGUGCCUGAUUUAUGCUUACAUUAGUAGCACAUAUUUUAAUUUUCAAUAAGUGCAUGAUUUAAUUACAAAUAAUGAUUAUAUUGACUAAUUAUAUGUUUUCAAUAUGUUUCAACUUUGUUGUAUAGAUAAAUUCUUUUUUGAUUUGGUUGUUUGUACAAGAAAUAUUCUGGAAAUGAAGAUUUAUAGAUUUCAGUUUUUAUUAAGCUAAUUUAGUUUUUUCAGUUUUGUAAAAUGUGUUGGCUCAGUAAAUAAAACAAAAUAUGCA